AUGAACGGCUACGACCACAUGGUCAUGUCUUACCUUCCGCCUAACAAUAAUACCACUACCGACGAUUACCUGACCACGCUACCCGCAAUGGGCCUCGCAGAGCAGAGCUUUCAAACGCCCACCUAUUCCACCGAUGAUUUCCGAGGCAUCCAUUCCAUAUCCCAAAUGCCUCCUCUUCUCAGCUCUAGCGAAGCCGACCGCGCCUUCAAUCCCACCUACCCAGACUUCCGCUAUGACUCGACUGCACAUCAAGAGACACAUGAGCAAUCCGCACCAGAGAGCGCAUCAAUUGAUCGGGAUGAUGAGCUGCUCAGCUUCCAACCAAUCACCUACCAUUUCUCACUGCUCGAUCACUCCCUCCGAAGGAUAUCCCUAUCCCUCAAUGCACGUUUACACGGCAUGUUUUUCAUGGCGGAUCCCCCAAACGCCCCGGGUCUCUUUCCUCAGAUGACUCCUCCAGAACUCACGUGCUACCGCCGCAACCUAUUCCAAGUCACGGGAUCUAUCACUCUUCCUCGCGGUUUGCGCUACAUCUUGACGGAACGCAACGAGCGCAUACCAAUAGUGGCACAGGAACUCACCAUUUCGGCAACAGAGUCAGUCGAGGGCGGUACCGUGAAGCUGAUCUCGGUCCCGUGGAAAACACCAAUCAACAGUCCACCCGUCCCACCCGAGGAAAAGACAGAGAAGGAGCCCACAGUCAUACCACUCGACCUCAUGUCAACUCACGAUCCGGACGUGGAGUUCGCAACAUACCCCUUUGCGUGGAAGCGACUUCAAUUCCGGAUAGCCACAGCCAACAAUGGGCGUCGGAAGGAACUCCAGCAACACUUCGUGGCUCGCUUGAAGCUCGUGGCCACCUUAUCGUCAGGUGAAAGAGUCGUUAUCGCCGAAGCAAGAUCCGCAGCCAUAAUUGUCCGUGGUCGCAGUCCGAGAAAUUUUCAGCAACGGAAGGACCUCCCUGUCGGCGAGAGAGCCACGGGCCGCAAGGCCACGAGCCUUCCCACCAACGUCGCUCGAAGGACUGGCUCAGACCCCCCAAAGCCUACUUCCACUCUGAAAAGAGAACGGAGCUUGGAUAACCCUUUCGCGUCCUUCGAUUUCAAUAACAUCCCCACCGCCGAAUUGAAUUCAUAUGGCGGUUGGACGAGACCAAGCGGCGGCUCCAAUAGCGCACCAGCAUUCCCUACACCUACCUUCAAAACGCCCACUCUUCCGAGCUCGAAAUCGCCAUCUUCAGCUUCCCCACCACUGAAGACUCACCGAAUCUCCCACCCUCACCCCGAUGAACCGGACCCGAAGCGCGUCCGUCAAGGUCCCUCCAAGUCUCCACGCAUGUCCACCUCCACGCAGCCCAGCCCUCAGCCGCCUUACAAAUUCUCCUCCGUCCCACCGUCUCUACCAUCGACCCGGCAGCUAUCUUCCACACACUCGCCCCCCACCACUACACUACCUGAGACCGUCCACUCGGGCGACUGCUGCUGCAGUUACUUCCCAGCUGCCACGCAGUCUUGGCAACCACCUUUUACGACUGCCUCUAUGAACCCGAUGUACAGCACGCCUUAUCUGCCGCACAACAAUUCCAUGACAGCAAGUGCUAUGGGCAUCGCAAGUGUGCCUGGUGGAGGAGCGAAUAUACUACCUAAUGCGGUAACGAAAUGA